AUGUCAAGAGUCCUUACAGCUGAAGAGCUAGAGCGGGCGAUAAAUCUUCUCCCCGAUAUCGGGACAGUCAAAAAAAUCGAUGAUAACACGAUCUUGAAAGUUGGGAGUUACAGACUCUCCGAAGCCGCGACUAUGCAAUACAUAGCGGAAAAUACCACAAUACCGGUCCCGAAAGUCUACGGAUCAUACAAAGACGAGAAGACACAGAAGACACAUCUCGUGAUGGAGUACAUCGAAGGAGACUGUCUAGAGGAUGUCUGGGAAGAUUUCGGUCUAGAAAAAAAGGAGGAUAUUAUCAGUCAACUCAAACGGAUCCUCGACGAGCUGCGUUCUUUGGAGGGUACGUUUAUUGGAUGUGUAGACCAUACCCAUUGCGAGGAUGUUCUAUUUUCGGAAACAGAAACGCCUCGGGGCCCGUACAGCUCUGAGGAGGAGUUCUCGCAAGGGAUUAUUGAUACACUGCUUGAGAAGGAAGCCACCGCGUUCCCGAGAUUGGUGUGUGAGAUGGUCCAAGAUAUCCUGAAAGGCCACAAAAUUGUCCUCACACACGGCGAUUUUCUUCCAAGAAAUAUUUUGGUUAAGGACGGCAAGGUGGUAGCGAUUUUGGAUUGGGAGAUGGCAGGUUGGUACCCGGAGUACUGGGAGUAUACCAAGAUAAUGUAUCGACCGCCAUAUUUAAAGAGUUGGUUCAAAGACGGAAUGGUGAAUAAACUCAUUAAGCCAUAUUAUGCCGAGUUAGCGGUCCUGAUGCAAGCUCGACAACUAAUUUGGUGA